GGCCUGACAUUCAUCUUGAGAUGGACAGGAAGGAGAUCUUCUAGACGAAGGUGGAAUUCUCAUGGAAUCUCACAGAACCCUUUGGAGAUAAUAAAGUGUAGUGGCUGGAGAAUGAAAUCUGGAGUGAGGAAAGCUGGAUUUGUGUGCCAGUUCCUGCGUCGACCUCAGGCAGCUUUGUCUGUGUGUGUGUCUUGGAGAGAUCAGGCCCGUCGGAAACUGCAAUGCCACCACCAUCAGACAUCGUCAAAGUGGCCAUCGAGUGGCCAGGUGCCAAUGCCCAGCUCCUUGAAAUCGAUCAGAAAUUGCCCCUGACAUCCAUCAUCAAGGAAGUCUGUGAUGGGUGGUCAUUACCAAACCCGGAGUACUACACCCUCCGGUAUGCAGAUGGUCCUCAGCUCUACAUCACUGAACAGACGCGCAGUGACAUUAAGAAUGGGACAAUCUUACAGCUGGCCAUCUCCCCGUCCCGGGCCGCACGCCAGUUGAUGGAGAGGACCCAGUCAUCCAGCAUGGAGACCCGGCUAGAUGCCAUGAAGGAGCUGGCCAAGCUCUCUGCUGACGUGACCUUCGCUACAGAGUUCAUCAACAUGGAUGGCAUCGUCGUGCUCACACGGCUCGUGGAGAGUGGAACCAAGCUCUUGUCCCACUACAGUGAGAUGCUGGCAUUCACCCUGACUGCCUUCUUAGAGCUCAUGGACCAUGGCAUUGUCUCCUGGGACAUGGUUUCAAUCACCUUUAUUAAGCAGAUUGCAGGGUACGUAAGCCAGCCCAUGGUGGACGUGUCGAUCCUUCAGCGGUCCCUGGCCAUCCUGGAGAGCAUGGUCUUGAACAGCCAGAGUCUGUAUCAGAAGAUAGCAGAGGAAAUCACCGUGGGACAGCUUAUCUCCCACCUUCAGGUCUCCAACCAGGAGAUUCAGACCUACGCCAUUGCCCUGAUUAACGCACUUUUUCUGAAGGCUCCUGAGGACAAGCGACAGGAUAUGGCCAAUGCAUUUGCACAGAAGCACCUUCGGUCCAUAAUCCUGAACCAUGUGAUCCGAGGGAACCGCCCAAUCAAAACUGAGAUGGCCCAUCAGCUGUAUGUCUUGCAAGUCCUGACCUUUAACCUUCUGGAGGAAAGGAUGAUGACCAAGAUGGACCCCAAUGACCAGGCCCAGAGAGACAUCAUAUUUGAACUGAGGAGGAUUGCAUUUGACGCAGAGUCAGACCCUAGCGGUGUCACCGGGAGUGGGACCGAAAAACGCAAAGCCAUGUACACCAAGGACUACAAAAUGCUGGGAUUCACUAACCACAUCAACCCAGCAAUGGACUUUACCCAGACUCCUCCUGGAAUGCUGGCCUUGGACAACAUGCUAUACUUGGCUAAAGUCCAUCAGGACACCUACAUCCGGAUUGUUUUGGAGAACAGCAGCCGAGAAGACAAACAUGAGUGCCCCUUUGGCCGUAGUGCCAUCGAGCUCACCAAAAUGCUCUGUGAAAUCCUACAGGUUGGGGAACUACCCAAUGAAGGGCGCAACGACUACCACCCAAUGUUCUUUACCCACGAUCGAGCAUUUGAAGAGCUCUUUGGAAUCUGCAUCCAGCUGUUGAACAAGACCUGGAAAGAGAUGCGGGCGACAGCAGAGGACUUCAACAAGGUUAUGCAAGUAGUCCGAGAGCAAAUCACUCGAGCUUUGCCCUCCAAACCCAACUCUUUGGAUCAGUUCAAGAGCAAACUGCGUAGCCUGAGUUACUCGGAGAUCCUGCGGCUGCGCCAGUCUGAGAGGAUGAGUCAGGAUGACUUCCAGUCCCCGCCAAUUGUGGAACUGAGGGAGAAAAUCCAGCCCGAGAUCCUGGAGCUGAUCAAGCAGCAGCGCCUGAACCGGCUCUGUGAGGGCAGCAGCUUCCGAAAGAUUGGGAAUCGCCGAAGGCAAGAACGUUUCUGGUACUGCCGCUUGGCACUGAACCACAAGGUUCUGCACUAUGGUGACCUGGAUGACAACCCUCAAGGGGAGGUGACAUUCGAAUCCCUGCAGGAGAAAAUUCCUGUUGCAGACAUCAAGGCCAUUGUCACUGGGAAAGAUUGUCCCCACAUGAAAGAGAAAAGUGCUCUGAAGCAGAAUAAGGAGGUGUUAGAAUUGGCUUUCUCCAUCCUCUAUGAUCCUGAUGAGACCUUAAACUUCAUUGCACCUAACAAGUAUGAGUACUGCAUCUGGAUUGACGGCCUCAGUGCUCUUCUGGGGAAGGACAUGUCUAGCGAGCUGACCAAGAGUGACCUGGACACGCUGCUGAGCAUGGAAAUGAAGCUUCGGCUCCUGGACCUGGAGAACAUCCAGAUUCCCGAGGCCCCACCGCCAGUCCCCAAGGAGCCCAGCAGCUAUGACUUUGUCUAUCACUACGGCUGAGCCUGGAGCCAGAGGCAACAGCCCAGGAAGGGAUUUGGGGCCCAGGAGAAACUCACAGUCUGGUGCCUUGUCUUUUGCUUGUACAGAAUCUGUAGUGACCACGGUGGCCAGUCAAUGCCAGCCAUUCCUUUGACCACCUCGGACUACCCAGAGCUUCCUCUUGGUCCCUGUCAACUAAGAGUCAUGAAGGCAGGUGCUCUGCCCUCCCAUCACCGUGAGGCCUGGAAUCGGGUCAUGAGGAAUGAACAGCAGAGGCCUUUGCCUUCCAGCCCAACAAACUGCCUCUUGAGCUGGAUUUAACAACAGCCACUCACCUUUUCUUCCUGAGCCUGCUCUCCGGUCUGCUGGACCCCCAGGUGAGCAGGACCUGGCCUAGGAAGGCUGCCUGCAGAAGACAGGUGUGCUAGGUGCAUAGAGAGCCUUGGAGCAACUGCUUCUAUGUGACCCAUGCCUGUGUCUCAGAUCUCAGUAGAGGCCUUGGCCAUGGCCUUUUUCUUGGUAGAUGCCUUGGGCCUUUUGCUUUUGUCUUCUCCAUUACGGCUCACUCCAGCCUCACAUGGUGCCAAGAUGCUGCUGCUUCUGAGAUUUGGCUCUAACAUCUCUGUUCUCUGGGACCACCAGAUCUUCCUUGCCCAGGUAGUUUUCAGGACAGAUGGAAAUUUCUAGCCUACAAACUCUCAUCCCUCAUCCCUCCAGGCUAAGUCCCACCCUCUUAGUCUCAAGAACUCUGCAGGGAAAGCCCAGAUGAGGUCAGGAGAUCCCAUCCUCCCAUGUUUGUAUCUUUUCCUUCCUUGGCAGAAAUCUCCCACCCGACCUGAAUUGCAGCCCUUCCAGUUUGCUUUCCUCUGGUCUGCCAACCCCAGGAUGUCUGCCCUUUCCUUCCUCCCCUUCCCAGCACUUUGGUUUCUGCCACUGGCUGUGAUGUCACAGAGCUGGUGGAGUCCAACUGAGGCCACAGCUGUGCUGUUGGGGCUUUCCUGCUGCUGCAGCACCUGUAAACCAUACACACAGCCUCUCUCCUUGGACACACAUUAACACAGUGGCAUUCGGUAUUGGUAGCCCGGCAUGGUAGGUACUGUCCCAUGAAGAGUGUAAUAUAUAUUUUCUUUACUAUAGGCCAUACUUAUACAGACGUGUAUAUAUAUUUAUAUAAGAUCUACCUAUCCUAGGACUCAAUGUUUGAAGGGAAAUAAAACUGGGGGCUAAAAAAAAAUAGGUAACACUUGCACUUGUAAGCCAAGAUUGUAACCUGAGAGCAGUCAGAAGCUUCCUGUCAGUAACCAUGUUUUCAAUAAAUACUCUUUCAUGUACCA